AUGUCCUCCAAAAGCUACGCGUGCUUUGUUGUUAUGCGCAUCGUGAACCGGCUGCUUCCCCUCUUUCAGGAUGACAUGCCCUGUACUUUGCGAUGGACAUUAAAAGAGAAGAAGCUGUCUCUUGAGUUCAAGGAGUCAAGGCUGGACUUUGUGCAGAAUAGGCUGCGCAGAAGUGCGCUCCGUUUCGGCACGUCUUUCCAUAAGCGAUCAGUGAUUACAGGCGCCCAGGACCUUGCAAAGCUCUGGCUACACGACUGGGGACAAGUGGGCCUUCCGAUGAACCCCAUUGAGGUCCUUUGCGUACUUGCCGUGUCUGGCAAGAAGUUGCUGAAACACCCGCAUGGAGCAUCUGACAUCUGGAAGCAGCGUGCUGCGGCAUGCAUGGGCCAAGCAGAGCUCGCACUUACGCCCGACGACCUUACUGCAACCAUGCAGAAGCUCGCAAGAAUGGACAAAGUUGAUGCCAGAAUGUUGGUAGAACAUGUUAUGCUGCUCACUGGAGCAGGACCGCGGGCUCCGGAGGGCGUUCUUGCGUACACCCAUGAAGCCACAGAGGCUGACGAAGGAAAUUCACUCUCAACGCUCGAGGAUCCUACAGCUUCGGAAGUCGGCGACGGAAUUUCCUGCUAG